AUGACCUCGCAACUCGGACAACUCCGCGCUGUGGUCUCGCCCUCGAUCCUGGCUGCUGACUUUACCCGUCUUGGCGACGAGUGCGCUACUGUGCUUGGAGACGGCCAUGCCGAGUGGCUCCAUUGCGACGUCAUGGACGGCGCCUUUGUGCCCAACAUCUCCUUCGGCUUCCCCAUCAUCUCCUCGCUCCGCAAGCGCUUCCCGGACGCCUUUCUCGACUGCCACCUUAUGGUGGAGAAUCCUGGCAAGUGGGUGGAGCCGCUGGCCAAGGCCGGUGGCUCGCUGAUGACCUUCCACAUCGAGGCGGUCGAGUCGGUCGACGCCGCGCGGGUGCUCGUGGACGCCAUUCACGACGCAGGCAUGGCGGCCGGCGUCGCCGUCAAGCCGGGAACUGAGCUGGCGGCCGCCGGCGAUCUGGCCGACGUCGUCGAUAUGGUCCUGAUCAUGACAGUCGAGCCGGGCUUUGGCGGCCAGUCGUUCAUGCCCGAGACCAUGACCAAGGUCGAGACUCUCCGUGCUAGUCACCCGCAGCUCUUCAUCCAGGUCGACGGCGGGCUCUCGCCCAAGACAGUCGACACUGCCGCCGCUGCCGGUGCCAACGUCAUCGUCGCCGGCUCGGCCGUCUUCAAGGCCGACGACCGACUUGCAGUCAUCGACGCCCUACUUGGUUCGGUCUCUGCGAGCCUCGCGUAGCGGAGCAUCUACUCGACCAGCGGAUCCGGUGCCGGCGCCUCGUCGUCCGGCGUGGCGUCGUCGGCGCUGGCCAACGCUGGUACUGCUGACGCCGCAAUCGCAGCUUUGACCGCCUCUGCAAGCUCAGUGAGAUCGGCCACAGCGUCACCGUCUUCUUCGUGCUUGCCCUUGAUGGCCUUUGCGAUGCGAACAAACGAGCGCAGCGCCUCGCGUAGUGCCUCGCUCUCUAGCCCACACUUUCGCGCCGUCACCAGUGCGCCGUACACCUCGCCGAUGAGCUUGCCCGUCUGCACCCCCUCACCAAAGCCGUCAUCAAACGACCGCUGGACAACUG